AUGGCCGAAACAAGGGACUUAAUAUCGUGGAUAAUGGAAAUUCGCUACUACUUUGCCUUAAUGAUUCGCAGCACAAUUCUUUUUCACGAGACGAACUCUGGUUGCUACAUUCACACAACCAGCCAGUUUAAGAGUCUAGCUCUAAGCUACGCCGCAUCCAUAAAUGCGCGCAAGCUAUAG